GCGCGGCGGCUAGACUCUGCGCUGCUCCCUGGCGGAGCUUACGGCUGGCUAGGUUUCUCUCUCACCUGUGACCUCCGAAGCCACCCUGUCUGCGUGCCACAUCUACACAGGUAGCCUCAUGGCUGCAACCUGUGAGAUUAGCAACAUUUUUAGCAACUACUUCAGUGCUAUGUACAACUCAGAGGACCCCAGCCUGGCCUCUGUUCCCCCUGCUGCCACCUUCGGGGCUGAUGACUUGGUGCUGUCCCUGGGCAACUCCCAGACGUCGCUGGAGGGUACUGAGAAGGCCAGCUGGUUGGGGGAGCAGCCACAGCUCUGGUCGAAAGCCCAGGUUCUGGACUGGAUCAGCUACCAAGUGGAGAAGAACAAGUAUGAUGCCAGCUCCAUUGACUUCUCGCGGUGUGACAUGGACGGGGCCACCCUGUGCAGCUGUGCCCUCGAGGAGCUGCGGCUGGUCUUCGGGCCUCUGGGGGACCAGCUCCAUGCCCAGCUGCGGGAUCUCACUUGCAGCUCUUCCGAUGAACUCAGCUGGAUCAUUGAGCUGCUGGAGAAGGACAGUGGUGUGGCCUUCCAGGAGGCUCUCGGAGACCCAGGCUCCUUUGAUCAGGGAAGCCCCUUCACCCAGGAGCUGCCGGAGAUGAUGGAGGACGGCUGCCAGGCCAGCCCCUACUACACCGCCAGCUAUGGUGUCGGAGCGCCCUCCCCCGGCUGCUCCGAGGUCUCCACCGCAGGGACCGGUACUCAGAGCUCCCACUCCUCAGACUCCGGUGGAAGCGAUGUGGACCUGGACCCCACUGACAGCAAGCUCUUCCCUCAAGAUGCGUUUCCCGACUAUAAGAAGGGAGAGCCCAAGCAUGGGAAACGGAAACGGGGCCGGCCCCGGAAACUGAGCAAGGAGUACUGGGAGUGCCUGGAGGGCAAGAAGAGCAAGCACGCACCCAGGGGCACCCACCUGUGGGAGUUUAUCCGGGACAUCCUCAUCCACCCAGAGCUCAACGAGGGCCUCAUGAAGUGGGAGAAUCGGCACGAGGGUGUCUUCAAGUUCCUGCGCUCUGAGGCCGUGGCCCAACUUUGGGGCCAGAAGAAGAAGAACAGCAACAUGACCUAUGAGAAGCUGAGCCGGGCCAUGAGGUACUACUACAAACGAGAGAUCCUGGAGCGGGUGGACGGCCGGCGGCUUGUCUACAAGUUCGGCAAAAACUCCAGUGGCUGGAAGGAAGAAGAGGUUGUGGAGAGUCGAAAGUAAAGGUCUGAACUAAACCAGGACCAAAGCCACAGACUGGACUGCAGGCCGCGGUUCCUGGAGGACCGGCAGGCCGGAUGCCCCCUCCCCGCCUCGUGGACCCGCUUCCUCUGCUGGUGCAGAAGCUGGAAGGCUGGGGGGCAGCGGGGCCUUGGACUUGGAGCCGCUGCCUCUCUUCCCUGGCCUCUUGGAAUACAAGCUCUAGGGUCUGAAGGACAUGCGCCAGUGCAGCUCUUUACAAUCCCAACGCUGGCUGUGGAUUGUGCCUUCCUCAUGCCUGGACUCGGCCAAGGAAGCCAGGGGAGGCCAAAGGGGAGCCUCUGGGACAGGGCAGGGGCUACGGCCUCCAGCACCGCCUCUUGGAUCGGCUUCCACACCACCCUGCUCAGUGCUUGGGCUCCACAGGCGGGGAUCAGAGCAUCCCUAAUUUAUGUGCUAUAAAUACGUCAGAUGUACAUAGAGAUCUAUUUUUUCUAAAGCAUUCCCUUCCCUACUCCUCCCCUCCAAAUGCUGGUGGCCAGACUAUUCUAUACCCCUGACAGGGCCAGCAAAAGGAGGGUGAACCCUGCCAGAACCCUCAGAUUGGGGUCCUGGUUCCUUUCUCCUGUAAAUGGAGGCAGAGUCCUCCAAUAAAGUGCCCUCUGGGCUUUUUCUAA